AUGCCUUCAACUACUCAAGCUUGUCAUGUUCUUGCUGAUUUUAGCAUUGUUCCUAUGGGAACAGAAGUCAAUACUACUAAGGGAAAAUGGGAGCAAGUUAUGAAUGCAAUUAGAGAUUGUAUCGACAAAAUUCACGAACUUGGUGUACCAAGAAUUGAUUGUAACAUUAGAAUUAAUACUCGUACCGACAAAGCAAUGACUAUGGCAGAUAGUCUUCGUGUUGUUAAUGAUAUGGUCGAAAAACAGCAACAAUGA